AUGGCUCGUGGCACUAACACCAACACCAACACCAAUAAUGGUGCUCAAUCUUCCGGCUCUUCAUCUUCCAUUGAAGAUUCCGGUAGCCCUUAUUUUCUUAGCAACGGUGACCACCCUGGUCUGGUCUUAGUCACCCACUCCCUUACUGGUUCUAAUUUUAAUUCUUGGUCCCGUGUUAUGUCCAUUGCUCUUACAGCAAAAAAUAAAUCCACUUUCGUCGAUGGUUCUCUGACUCAUCCCUCUCCAGAUCAUCUUCUUUUCGGAGCCUGGAAUCGCUGCAACUCUAUGGUGAUUUCCUGGCUUCUGAAUUCAGUGUCCAAAGACAUUGCAGAUAGCUUGAUGUAUUUCAUCAACGCUUAUGAUGCUUGGUCGAAUCUACGAACCAGAUUUCAUCAGGCAAACGGACCCCGCAUAUUUCAACUCCGUUUCCAGAUUUCAUCCCUCCAACAAGGUGCUUUACCUGUCAACAGUUACUACACUCGCCUGAAGUCCCUUUGGGAUGAACUGCUUGACUAUUCUCCCUCAUAUGCCUGCACUUGUGGGGCUCUCCGAUCCAUCUCCAACGAUCGAAAUCAAGAACAUGCCAUGCAAUUCCUUAUGGGAUUGAACGAAUCCUUCAUUUCGAUUUGA